AUGCGAGUCUUGGACUCUUCCAUCGAUGGUGUCCUCCUGCAUGUCGCUAAGCCGAUUCCUGGCGCGACUGAGUCUCUACAAUAUCUACAGGACCACAACAUCCCAUUCAUCCUCUUAACCAAUGGCGGUGGCAAGCAUGAGUCCGAGCGCGUGGCCGAUCUAUCAUCCAAGCUCGGUGUGUCGCUCACCACGGACAACUUCGUCCAGUCGCAUACGCCUUUCCAGGAGUUGACCACCAAGUUGACCGACAAGACCAUCUUCGUCACGGGCUCCAACGCUGACAAAGCCCGGACAAUCGCGCAGAGCUACGGCUUCAAGUCCGUCGUCACGCCCGCCGACAUCCUCAUGGCAUAUCCGGAUGUGUGGCCGUUCGACCCGCUGAUGAAGGAGGUCUACGCCAAGACGGCGCAGCCCCUCCCCAAGCCGAUCUACCAGCCGGGCACGGGGAUGAAGGAGGAGGAAGCGCUCAAGAUUGAUGCCAUGUUCGUGUUCAACGAUCCGCGCGACUGGGCGCUCGACAUCCAGCUCAUCUCCGACAUGUUGCUUUCGCGCCAGGGGUAUCUGGGUACAUACUCGACCAAGAACGGCGAUGCGUCGCUGAAGAAUGGCGGAUGGCAGCAGGACGGCCAGCCGGCGCUCUUCUUCAGUAACGCAGAUCUCCUGUGGAGCACGGGCUACCACCUCCCGCGCUUCGGGCAGGGCGCAUUCCAGGCGGCCGUUGCCGGCGUGUGGAGCCGGGUCACGGGCGGGAAGCACGAGCUGGUCCGGACAAGCAUCGGCAAGCCUUACAGCAGCACGUACAGCUAUGCGGAGCGCGUGCUCAACGCCUACCGGAAGGACAUCCUGGCCAAGCAAGGCCACGACGCGAGUCGGGUCGGGGCCCUAGGCGCCGUGUACAUGGUCGGCGACAACCCGGAAAGCGACAUUGCGGGCGCCAAUGACUUCCGCAGCGACGACGGGACGGAGUGGUACUCGAUCUUGGUGCGCACUGGGGUCUGGAGUCCAGAACGAGGCGAGAUGCUGCAUGAGCCAAAGGUGAUUGUUGAUGAUGUCAAGGCGGCUGUACAGUGGGCGCUGGAAAGAGAGAAAUGGAGAGGAGGCCAGUAG